UUUCAAGAAAUGGCUUCCAUUCCGAAUUUAUUCUAGAAUACUAUGUCAGUUGUUUGGACAACAAGUUAGACGAAUACAUCUCGAUUUUUGUGCCGCUGCCCCUUUUACCUUUUUUUUUUUUUUUUUCUUGGUAUUUUGAAGGAUCCUUCUACUUUUUCUUAAACCCACAAAUUUGACCAGAAAAAUUUCACCCUCACAUCGUCACAUUUCACAACCGAUUCUCUAUAAAACAGGCAAUUUUAUUCAUUCCUUUUCCCACUGAUUUGAUUCGCAUGUUUUAGACCACACCUCAAACGUGUCGCAGCAUCUCACUUGUUGUCCAAAAAUCUCGUCUUUUGUCUUCAGCUCCGUGUUUCUUCACUGCCUCUCUCAAUCCUCUUCUCAUUGGCUGCCAUGGCUUCCACUCCUGUUACUGUUGACACAAUCAAUCCCAAGGUCUUGGAGUGUGAGUAUGCAGUUCGUGGAGAAAUCGUGAUUCUUGCACAGAAAUUGCAAGAAGAUCUCAAGAACAACCCCAAAUCUCAUCCUUUCGAUGAGAUACUCUACUGCAAUAUUGGAAAUCCUCAAUCCCUUGGCCAGAAGCCAAUCACUUUUUUCCGUGAGGUCCUUGCUUUAUGUGACCAUCCUGCUCUCUUGGAUAAAUCUGAAACACAGAGUUUAUUUAGUGCUGAUUCCAUAAAACGAGCAUCUCAGAUUUUAAGUCAAAUUCCUGGAAAAGCAACUGGUGCAUAUAGUCACAGCCAGGGUGUCAAAGGAUUACGCGAUACAAUUGCUGCUGGAAUUGAAGCUCGUGAUGGAUUCCCAGCUGAUCCGAAUGAUAUUUUCUUGACUGAUGGUGCAAGCCCCGCGGUUCACAUGAUGAUGCAGUUACUGGUACGGUCAGAAAAAGAUGGCAUUCUCUGUCCCAUUCCUCAGUACCCUCUUUAUUCUGCUUCAAUCGCCCUCCAUGGAGGCACUCUCGUCCCCUAUUAUCUCGAUGAAGCAACAGGAUGGGGGUUGGAAAUCUCAGAGCUUAAGAAACAGCUCGAAACAGCCAAAUCUAAGGGCAUCUGUGUCCGGGCAUUGGUGGUUAUAAAUCCUGGCAAUCCCACCGGGCAGGUUCUGGCUGAAAACAACCAACAGCAAAUUGUGGAUUUCUGUAAGAAGGAAGGACUUGUUCUUCUGGCAGACGAGGUAUACCAGGAAAAUGUUUAUGUCCCAGACAAGAAGUUCUACUCUUUUAAGAAAGUUGCCCGGUCGAUGGGUUAUGGGGAGAAAGAUAUUACCUUGGUCUCCUUCCAGUCUGUCUCCAAAGGCUAUUACGGAGAAUGCGGAAAACGUGGGGGUUACAUGGAGAUCACCGGUUUUAGCCCCGAGGUUAGGGAGCAGAUAUACAAACUGGCAUCAGUCAACCUUUGUUCCAACAUAUCCGGACAAAUUCUUGCAAGUCUUGUAAUGAGCCCACCAAAGGCUGGAGACAAAUGCUACGAGUCUUAUUCAGCAGAGAAAAAUGCAAUCCUAUUCUCCUUGGCUAAGCGUGCUCAGCAACUGGAACAUGCCUUAAAUAGCUUAGAAGGAGUGAGCUGCAACAGAGCAGAAGGAGCCAUGUAUCUGUUUCCACGUAUAGACUUACCAAAGAAGGCGGUAGAAGCCGCAAAAGCUGCUAAGACGGCCCCUGAUACGUUCUAUGCUCGUCGUCUCCUUAAUGCCACGGGGAUAGUAGUUGUUCCUGGUUCUGGCUUCGGACAGGCGCCCGGGACGUUGCAUUUUAGGUGUACAAUACUACCACAAGAGGACAGGAUUCCGGCCAUCAUAACUCGCCUCACUGACUUCCAUCAAGCAUUCAUCAACGAAUUCCGUGAUUGAUCCAAUGCAUACAGUGCAGUGCACACCCCCCCCCCCCCCCCCCUUUUGUAAUAAUAAUAAACCAACUUGAUGAAAUAAAUUUGUUGCUUCAAUUGUUUGAGCAACACUUUUUCUACUCAUAAAUUAUGAAGGAUAUUUCCCUUUUU